GCUAUUAUUGCUCGAGCAGCUUCCUGUUCAGCGAACACUCACACUUCCUCCACUACAGCAACACUUUGCUUGACUACUGUGACGCUCUCAGACAGAUUGUAGGCUAUAUGUUCAUACAAACCCUGCCACUGAAGAUAGUAUGUUUGGUGUCUGAGACAGUGAAGGGGCCAGAAUGCAGAGCAUCAAGUGUGUGGUGGUAGGAGACGGUGCAGUGGGGAAGACCUGCCUCCUCAUCUCCUACACCACCAACGCCUUCCCCAAGGAGUACAUCCCCACUGUGUUUGACAACUACAGCGCCCAGGUGACUGUGGACAGCAGGACUAUUAGCCUCAACCUGUGGGACACAGCAGGCCAGGAGGAGUACGACCGCCUGCGCACCCUCUCCUACCCUCAGACCAACGUGUUUGUCAUCUGCUUCUCCAUUGCCAGCCCCCCCUCCUUUGAGAACAUCAAGCACAAGUGGCACCCAGAGGUCACCCACCACUGUCCCAAUACGCCCAUUCUGCUGGUGGGCACCAAGAAGGACCUGCGUAAUGACCCGGAGGUGUUGAAGAAGCUAAAGGAUCAGAACCAGAUGACCAUCACCCAACAGCAGGGCACCGCCCUGGCCAGGCAGAUCCAAGCCAUCAAGUACCUCGAAUGCUCUGCCCUCAACCAAGAUGGAAUCAAAGAAGUGUUCGCUGAGGGUGUGCGAGCCUUUCUCAACCCACAACCUGUCGCCACCAAGAAACCCUGUGUGCUAUUAUAAAGGCAGUAGGAAACCCUGUGUGCUAUUAUAAAGGCAGUAGAAACUCUGUGUGCUAUUGUAAAGGCAGUAGGAAACCCUGUGUGCUAUUGUAAAGGCAGUAGGAAACCCUGUGUGCUAUUAUGAAGGCAGUAGGAAACCCUGUGUGCUAUUAUGAAGGCAGUAGGAAACCCUGUGUGCUAUUAUGAAGGCAGUAGGAAACCCUGUGUGCUAUUGUAAAGGAAGUAGGAAACCCUGUGUGCUAUUGUAAAGGCAGUAGGAAACCCUGUGUGCUAUUAUAAAGGCAGUAGAAACUCUGUGUGCUAUUGUAAAGGCAGUAGGAAACCCUGUGUGUGUCACGUUCGUCGUAAUAAUGGUUGGACCAAGCUGCAGCGCGAUAUGGUUUCCACAUAAUUUAUUAAAGUGAAAAACCUAGAACAAAACAAAUAAAGACACAAACAACAAGACGUGACCAACGAGAUGCUACGUGCAUUAAGUCAAAACACAGAAACAUAAACAAUAUCCCAUAACCCACAGGUGGAAAAAUGCCACUUAAGUAUGAUCCCCAAUUAGAGACAACGAUUACCAGCUGCCUCUAAUUGGGAAUCAUAUACAAACACCAACAUAGAAAAUUAAACCUAGAACCCCACAUAUCAAUAAUAAACUAGACUAAAACCCCUAGUCAUGCCCUGACCUACUCUACCAUAGAAAAUGCAGGCUUUGUAUGCUAUAAAGACAGUGUGCUAUUAUUAAGGCAGUAUGAAACCCUGUGUGCUAUUGUAAAGGCAGUAGAGAUAUAGAGCAUAUCCAAUAGAACAAUAUGAAUUAAUUGAAUGUGUGUAAACCAUUGUAGUUUAUUUUAUUGUGAAAUAUGUUUUUGUUGUACUGCCAUUAACAAACACUGUCAUAUCAAGACUUCAUUAAGAAAAAAGGGGAUCUUUGAGGCAUUGGCUCAAGAUGCAUGCUUCAAAACUGACCCAGUGUUAGGUCGGCGAGAAGGGCCUUGCUUUGUCUGUCCGAAUCCUUGCUUUUGUAUAUCCAUUAUUUUGCCCUCUUCCUUUAAAGCAAUUGACAAACAAAGCCUGAGACUUGAUGGGAGAUACAUUCUCUCAUGUAUCUGUGUUUGAAUAACUGUCAAAUUUGUACAUGCAUGGCCUUUACAAAAAUAAUUAAAUAAUGCAUGUGUAAAAAGAUAAUAUCAGGAAUUGAAUUUACUGCAGUGGGCGAAAACAGGAUCACACAAUGUUUCUUAGUAGUCUUAAACAAAUCUACUUUGAAACAAAAGUAUAGCCCUACGGGCUUAAAAAAAUAAGACGCCUGUACCAUGUCCGAUAUAGAGUUGAAAUGUAUUCAAUUUUGAGUUUGCAUCCUAUUUUAAACGUUAUAUACAUCACAGAAGACUGAAAUAUAACAAAACCGUUUGACAUACUGUAGAAACACCGGAUUUGCGGCUGCUUUUUAAAAAUAAUGGCAACUUAAAUAAAAAAAGAAUGUUUAUUAAUUAUGAAAAAUAUUAAUAUCAUUCCACCCAUGAAGCCACUAUGUCAUUUGACUGCAGGAAAGGGCUACAUACCAAUUCUCCCAUUAUAUCUGUUUUACAAUGUACUGUAUAGUGUGUUUAAAACAUUCUUUUUUUUAAGCUAACAUAGAAGAAGGUUUUUCUACACCAUCAGUUGUUUUGUGUGCUGUGUGUGACUAUCAAGCCACCAAGUUAGUGCUCGUCUACUCUGUCUGAUUGUGUUGAAUACUGGACACAAAGAGGAAAUGCAGAGAGGUCUUUGAUAAGAAAUGCAUAGGCUGAUUUUCCUAUUGCGGUCAUUAGUCAGUGUGUGUUUGAGAGAGAGAGAGAGCAAAAAAGGGAACCUGGUUGUAACUUCCCUCUGAAAGUCCAUAGCUUGCCGUCUAUUUUGUUAUUUUGGGGUUCUGGUUGUUUUAAGGUUGUGUAACUAUGUUGAGAAGGCCUGGCCAUGACCCCACUCUCCGAGGGUUUCUCAGGGAGAGUUCGGAUAUGCAAAAAACACAUUUCCAAUUCACACAUGCUUAUUAAUACAUACUCGUACAUGUGUGGAAUAGGACAAAUAUAAGCACCCACCAAAUGAUUAUUAUUACAUCUACUGUUAUAAAUGAGAGAUGGAAAUUUGUGUACAAACUGUAGUGUAGAUUAAUGUGACAUAUCUUUAUUCUUAUCAUAAGCAACAUCAAAUAAAUGUGUCUCAAAUUGAAAGAAACAAACCCAUUGAUCAAUGCAUAAAAUUAAAUUGAUACUUCAAGAAUACCAAUACCUUUCCAAGGGAGGCAUGGGAUGUGAUAGAACCAGCUGCUGAACAAUGAUGAAGUCCCUGAUUUUGCCUGAGAAUGGAAGUGAAAUUAUCCAGCUGGCUGUUACAGAGUUGUGAAAGAUGUAUUUUCAUGUGAUGCCUAAACAUCACUGUCCUCUCCCAUACUUCAGGCCACUGGACUCAUUUGACAGUGAAAUAAGGCCUCUGCUCUGGGUGCUGGAUACACAGACAACUCUUUGUGUGUGAACAGUAGAGGGACAUACAGAUAGAUCUCCUUACUGUUUCAGUACAGUAUAUAUUGUUACUGUAUACAACACCCCAAUCUACUAGUCUCUCUCUCUCUCUCUCUCUCUCUCUCUCUCUCUCUCUCUCUCUCUCUCUCUCUCUCUCUCUCUCUCUCUCUCUCUCUCUACAAAUGAGGAAGAACAUUUAUUUGUAACUUCCUUAAUUUAGGUUGUGGACCUCACUGACUGACUGACUCACUCACUAAGCAUGCAAUGGUGGAACUCAACAUUUCCGAAAUAAUUGUUUAAUAAAGCUAAAUGUUUAUCACUA